CAUCCCUCUCUUUUCUUCGGCUCGUAUUGCGUGCUCUAGUUAAUAUCCAUCGUCUAAUUACUUGUAUGAGUAUGUGCCUUCAAAACUCGCUUGGAGCUGCGUACAUCUCCAUCAUAUCUUACUUCCUACCUUCUACCCCGCCAGCAUGAAUACGAGUGGCGUCCCCAACGCCCCGAAUCCGGGGACUUCACGUACUUCCAAGUUUGAUCUCAACGAUGUCUGUUGUUUGAAGUCGAAUCCAUCAUUAACAGGUAUUGUUGUAAGAACAUAUCUAGAUGUGUAUCCGUUGGGACCACCGGAAGAUGAUUUAAUGGUCUCAUAUACAUCAGUGCCACAAGACGUCCUGACUGAGUACUUACAAACCGGUGUGCCACGCAAAGGAUAUGUCAUUGUUCAGUUCAAAUGGGAUGAUCUCGAACUCCUCGAUCGGUACAUCAACUUCGGUAGCUAUGUCAAAAGAAAUGCGGACGACACAAUGUGUGGCACGCCGAUCGCGUAUCGUAAAUAUGACGAGUCGUUGGGCGAAUAUGGCUCCGUCGAGUUCAACGAAUGGCUCAUUCCUUGCAGCCGCAGAAGACCCGGGGCCGAUUCUUCGCGUCCUUUGCCAAUACAUGAUGUGCCUUUAUCUGAGCUCAUGCAUCAUGAGCCGUUCAUGAACGAUGACUUGAUCAUUUACCGUCAGAAGCUGGGAAUCAUUCGGCAGGUUGACCGGGAUGCUAUUCUGCGCGUUUCCAACUUGCCUGUCUCGCUUGUUGAUCCCAAAGCUCUUGAAGUCCCUUGCCCUUUCGAUGACAAUGAGCUCAUCUGGAUGCCCAAGGGCCAGCCAUGUAGGGUUGUGGACACUAACUUGCGAUACAUGGAGCAGGACUACGUGAUUCCUGGUCAGUAUGUGUGCACGAAAUACAAGAAUAUGCGCGGGAUAAACGGGGGUAUAGUUCCGAAGGAAGAUCCCCAUUCCUUUGCCCACGGCCAUGUCCUGUCCACGCCAGCUACGGAGUAUAAGGUUGAAUGGCUUUGUACGAACGUGUUCGGUCUCGGAACAUGUGAGAUCCCGAAUGGAAUAGAGACUCUAAGAGCAUCUGUCUUGGAACGCGAUGCUGUGAUAUGUGACUUCGAAAAUCUUUCGACUGGGGGAACAGUUAAAUCGGCCACCUCACUUCAAAUCAGUGAUAUGAUACGUUUUCGAGAUCCGAAAAGUGCCUUCCAAAAAUACUCUUACCAACAUAUUCCUCCUGAAGAGACUUUUGGAUAUGAUAUGAACAUGUUUCAUAUUACGUCAAGAAAGACAGCACUGACUGUCAGAUGGUUGGACGGGAGUGUCACCACCGAAGAUAUAAAAUGUCUUCGUUGGGACCCCGGACUUGAUGAAAAUAUAUGGCCCGGGAGCAUCGUCGUCCUGAAGGAUGGGAUUGAGACCAUGAAUUGGCCCGGCUUGGAAUCCACACCUGCAUAUAUCCGGGAACUGCCUAGUCAUAGAAGACACAGGGAAUCAAAAAUCCGAGCAAGAACAGUAGGUGUUGUCCAAGCUGUUAACAUUCGAGAGCGAAUAGUUACCGUCCGGUGGUAUAAGGAUCCUUAUCUUAUACUCUUGCAUGGCGGGCAGAUCCUAGCUUCUCUCUACUCUAAGCUGGGAGAGCUGGGUGAUACAAUCAGCCAAGUAUCUCUGUACGAGCUUGAUGUGUUUCCUUGUCUGGAAAGAUCACAUGGUAAUAUUGUACUUCUCGCCCCAGACACCAUCCAUACCUCGGUCUUGACAGAAGGAUCACUGAGUGCAUACAACGUCGCUGGGCCUUGCACAUUUAGUUAUACAUCGUCAUUGUCACUUUCGCAAAUGCACUCAUAUCUCAAGGAUAUGAGUCUCGCCAUGGUUCAUUGGGAAUGGUUCAAAAGUACGACUACAGUUGACACCUCUCCUCUGCCUCCGAGACAUAGUCACCACUAUCAGCGUAAGCUCAGUGAAAGAUCCACUGCAGACUUCGUCGGUCAGAUCAUUGCGAUUGAUGCCAAUGGUGAGAUUACUGUUCGGCUGGCUGGUACUUGUCGCGACGUCCGCAUUCCGUUUGAAAGGAUUAUGAUGAUCAUGGAUGGAGGCUUCAUUACUCCACUUGGGGCUCCAGAUCUAGGUGAUCUAUCGACGAUGUCAAUGAACUCAGCUCAUGCAUAUAAAGAAGGGGGUUCAGGAGAUGGUAAUGAUGAGGAGGAAGAGGAGGAAGCCAUCUCAGGUAGUGAUGUUGAAGAUAUGUCGAAGAUUAAAUGCGCUGUAUAUCGAUACGUCAAUUAUGGUUCUGCAGAUGACGGCUACUCCGAAGAUGCAGACAUGAAGACGAAGAAUGACUCCAGCUUUGAUAUAAGAGAUGCUUCGGAUGGAAUAGUUGAACAGAGUGAGGAAAUGACAUUGCCUCCAGGGUUCACCCGAAUCCAGAAAGAAUAUGACAUACUCGGCGAAUCGCUUCCCCCCGGGAUUUUUGUGCGAGCAUGGGAGUCAAGGAUGGACCUGCUCAGGGUUUUGUUCAUUGGGCCGGAGGGGACCCCAUACGAAUAUGCACCGAUCGUGAUAGACUUCCAUUUCCCAGGGGACUUUCCUAGAAAGCCACCUGAGGCAUUCUUUCACUCGUGGAAUAGCGGCCAAGGAAGGAUCAAUCCCAAUCUCUACGAAGAUGGUAAAAUCUGCCUGAGCAUUCUAGGAACAUGGCCCACUCAGAACCCGGAGGAAAUGUGGUCAGCAACCAAGUCCACUGUUCUACAGGUUCUGGUCUCGAUUAUGGGAUUAGUCCUGGUGCAAAGCCCCUUCUACAAUGAGGCCGGGUAUGAAGUUUUUGCUGCGGAGGGCGGUAGGCGAGUCGACUCAGACAAGUAUACGGAAAAGACGUUCUUGACUACACGCAGAUAUAUCAAGUAUGCCCUAGAUCAUCAAGUAAGUGGCAUGGAGGACAUUGUGGCUUGGAACUAUUUGCCUAGUCGCUUGAAAUCGGAAGACUACAGCAGGCCACUCCUGCUCCGUCGCGCUAUCGAUACGGCGUUGGCGAUGAUGAAGCAUUACGAGCAUACAGGCAGUGGAGAGGAGCGCAGUGCCUCGGCGUUUGUCUCGCGUCUUAGCCUGGGGGCUGUGGUCAUGCUGCGAAAGUAUGUUACAGAACUUGAGGCUUUGGAAGUAGAUGCGACUGCCAAACAAAAGCCUUAA